AUGCUGAAAUCUGGCUCUGGACCGCAAGGGGCGGAUGCAUCUGCACAGCAUGCUGUCAAUGCAGGAGGAUCCUGGCUGCAUGCACUGAUCAUGGCAGGCGAAGCUGUGCAAGUGGAAUUGUCUGCAGAGCCUGUACUGAACAGGGCCUGCCCCAAUCUGGCCCUGGACAGCAGGUGGCGGAUGCAUCCGCAUGGCGCACGUUUCAGCUGCUGCUUUGAGGAUAUCCUCGAUUUUGGUGUGAAUCAAGGAUGGUAUGAUCCUGGUGUUCUUCUUGAAGCUCUCGUGUUCCGCUGGGUUUUUAUUCCGUGGCUACAGGCAGAACUAGACAACUACCGAAAUCGCGUCAAUAAUACUGCCAAACGACAUGACCGCAACAAAAUUCUUCCGAAUGGUGUCCCCAGCCACAUGUUCGAAUUUCCCGAAGACUACGCAAUUCUGGACUUCAAGAUCAAAGCUGAUCCUGUCGGGAUUCAGAAGGUUCGUGACAUGUAUGCGCCUCCCGACCACGAGAUUUUCCAGCUCGUUCCAUUGGAUUUCGAGGUUCUCAUCUCCCAGAUAUAUCGGGACAUUGGAGAGCCUCCGGUUAAUCGGAAGAGCUGUUGGGAGGUGUAUCGACGACUACUGUCCGAAUUCAACAAGCUCAAUGAGCUUCACGUGAUGCAUCAGAGCGCACACUGGACCCGGGCAUUAGAAAUGGCGUCCAACGAGUAUCCAGACAAGAUUGAGGUCCUCCCGAACCUGAAGGAGCUGCGAGGAGGUGAAGACGUUGUUGGGCCUGGCGCGUACAUGGGCGGCGUCAAUCAGGAUCCCCAACAUUAUGCAAGACUCGGUGAAAUGCUCAAUGAAAUUGAGCCAGAUCUCGGCCCUGUCGAAGAGGAGCCUGAGAGCUUGUAUGCAUGGUUUUCGGACGAGGAAGAUGAUUUAGUAGCAGACGGGGAUUGGUAA